AUGGAGCUGGAUUUUAGACGAGUCCAAACUGACCAUGGCCGAAAUGGAGGUCACGCAUCUCCGUCGCAUACGCAAUGGGCUAGGCCCUCGCAGCUAACGUCCCAGGUGGCACAAUCCCGAAGAAGUGUUCCAGGUGGUCCACCGCAGUCUGCAGCUGCAGCAUCGGGCCCAGGGGCCCGUUCCACGGACGCUGGGCGCACUUCUGGGCAAACUGCUGCAGGACAGGCAGGUAGCCCUUGGGAACAGGAGGAUGUGGGAGACGUCCUGGAGGUAGUGGUGCCCAGGGGCCGCGUGGUGGACGUCAGCGGCCGGGUCUGGGGCGGACCGCAGGAUUUGGAGCCCCUCGUUCCCUUCGGUGUCCAUCUGACGGAGUUUAUGAGGGACAAGACAGAGGCGGCGUGCCUGCAAGACCUGGAGGCUGAAUGGCUGAGGGACGAUGGCCUUGCCUUGGGCGACGCUCGGGGCACAGGCGAAGCAACCGCCCCAGCUGAUCGGCGAGUCCUCUGUCAGAGUGGAGAAAAAAGGCACAGAGAUCGAGAAGAGGGAGAGCUAGAGCAAGAGAAUGGGCAAGCCGAUGGGAAGAAAAUGCACAAAAAGAAACACAAGGACAAGAACAAAAAGCACAAACACAAAACCAAUGCAUCUUGUCUCGGGGGAUUUUAA